UGCGAUUAACUUCAACUUUAUUUAAUAAAUAAGAAAAUUUAAAUGUUUUGUAAGACACAGCAGUGAAUCAAAAUAGCAAACAAAAUAUUGAAUUAAAAAAAGCAUUUCCAAGCAGCAUUUUUAAUCAUACAUUCUGAAUUACAUACAUUGCUUCUGUUAAAUUUCAACUUUAUUGUGCAAUGGAUAACCGUAGCAAGAAUACCAUACGUCUUCCAGUACUGCUGCUAAUUAUAAAAAAUUAGUAUGUAAUGUAUGCACAGUAAAAACAGAAAAACGGAAAAAAAAAACAGACCGUAUCUACUAAGUAAAUCUAAAACAGAAUAUCAUGGAUAUAAUGAGUUUCGUGUUCAUCAUCAUCUAGGACCGGCCAUAAAUCCAGUAGUAGAAAAUUCAGAUGAACCGCAGCCAAGUUUAUCGGAUUUACAUGAUUUUGAGCCAAAAUUGGAAUUUGAUGAUACCGAACUAUUGGCCACGACAAUAACACAUCAAAAUGAUGUUAUGGAUGAAGAUUUUGUGGUUACCGAAGAUCUUAAUGCUGAAACGGAGAAUAUUGUAAAUCCUUUAGAAGAUGACUUUGAGGAUCAGCUACGCGAGGAAACGGAAAAUUUCAGUAUAAGUCCCAGACGUACGCAUUGCGACUUUUUAGGUACCGAUAAACAGGGACGCCAUAUCUUUGCUAUAUAUGCUUCACGUUUUCCCGCAAAAUCGGAAAUGGAAAUAUUUAUACGUAAUGUCAUUAAAGAAAUUGAACCGUUUGUUGAAAAUGAUUACAUUCUUGUAUACUUCCAUCAGGGUCUAAAAGAGGAUAACAAACCUUCUGCUCAAUUCCUUUGGAAUUCAUAUAAAGAAUUGGAUCGUAAUUUUCGUAAAAAUCUAAAAAAUCUUUAUGUGGUACAUCCGACUUGGUUUAUACGCGUUAUUUGGAAUUUCUUUAGUCCAUUUAUUAGUGAAAAAUUCCGUAAAAAACUUAUCUACAUAUCAAGUUUGGAUGAGUUGCGUCAAUCGUUGGGAUUAUCGAAAUUGAAAAUACCAGAUAAUAUUUGCGAUUUUGAUGAUAAAUUAAAUUCUGGUCGUCGCUUUGGUUCGACAAGCCAAACUAAUAAUAAUAUAAGCAAUUUAACGAAACAGAUGGCUAAAACGGCCCAAUUUGGCGUAACGUUAAAAUUUAUUGUGACAAAUAGUCCAUGCUUGAAUUCAAUACCGCCCAUUGUACGUAAAUGUGUGGACUCAUUGUCGAUAACGGGUAUGAUCGAUACCGAGGGUAUAUUUCGACGUUCCGGUAAUCAUACUGAAAUUAUUGCCUUAAAAGAACGUGUUAAUCGUGGCGAAGAUGUGGAUUUAAAAGAUGUUAAUGUUCAUGUUAUAGCCGGACUUUUGAAAAGUUUUCUACGUGAUCUUAGCGAGCCAUUGUUAACUUUUGAACUGUAUGACGAUAUAACCAGUUUUCUUGAUUGGCCCAAAGAAGAGAGAUCACGCAAUGUUACGCAAUUGAUACGUGAAAAAUUACCCGAAGAAAAUUAUGAAUUAUUUAAAUAUAUAGUAGAAUUUCUAGUUAGGGUUAUGGAAUGCGAAGACUUAAAUAAAAUGACCUCAUCAAAUUUGGCCAUUGUAUUUGGUCCAAAUUUUCUAUGGUCUGGUAAAAAUACUACAUCUUUGGAUGAAAUUGCACCGAUUAAUGCAUUUGUUGAUUUCGUUUUACAAAAUCACAAAGAUAUCUAUUUAAUCGACGUGAAUCAACGUCCGACGCCUAUAGGCUGAGCAUUAUUCUACGGCCGCGAUAGAUUAUAAACGCAAUUUAUAUUGUUGUACGUUAAUUAACAUCGUUGUUGUGGUCUUAAUAAAAUUUCCAUUUAUUUUUUAUUAAAUCAACAAAAGUACAUAACGGAGCAAACGAAGUAAAAAAAAAAAAAAAAUUAAAAAAAAAAUUAAAAAAACAAUAAAAGAAAGCAA